CUUGGAUGGAGAAGGGAACAAUCACGUGAACAAAUAUGCUUGUAUCUUAAGGCAGCGCCUUUAUUUGUCACCAUAACGCGUCGGAAACAGCCUAAAAAAAAACUCACUGAUGUUAUAGCUCCAAAUCUGCACAGGCCUAUCACCUUCUGAAUUCCUGUAUAUUCCAAUGGGUGAUUGAUUGCCAGGGAUUUUUUUUUUCUGGAAUAAGGAUACCUUGUUCGCUUUUUAUUGGUAGUUGAAUGCGAGUCCUUCCAUUCUUUCGGGAAUACUGUCUCCAUUGGUAUAUGGAAAUGUCUGAAAAACAGCAAGAUCAGGUUUAGGACAGCAUUGUCUGCAGACAAAGGGUGAAGGAUUUAUUCCAGUAGAGGAGCUGAGGCUGAGAGGGAAACUGCUCCAUGAUGAAUUGAUUCACAGGUCGAGGUGAGAGCAGCGGUGAUGAAUGCGUGAGGGAAACCGAGGAGAUCUGCGCAGCUUUCGGUCACAGAGUGGAGCAACGGUGGGAAACACCAAUCACGUGAAUAAACAACACCCAUGCCAUUGGAUAGAGCUGCACUGGCUUAUUGGCUUUGAAUCUACAAAAUGCAGAAAGCAACAUACUACGAUAACUCUGGACUUUUUGGAAGCUACACCUAUCCCAAACCAGACUCUUACAACUAUGGCCCUGCACACCAGUCGUACCCUUCGUCCAACAUUGAGAGUGACUACCAGGGCCCAGUGUGUCCCAUCCAGACCCCCGCCGUCCGGCCUCCAACUCUCAAAGACAGUGACCUGAAUGGAGACUGCAUGCGGCAAAGCAGCAGUCAAAGUAACAGCAGCAGCAGCCAGGCCACGAGUAUUGGGGAGCCGCCGGCACCACCACUGUCCGUGUCCUCCCCCAGCUCCAACAGCCCCACGCCCCAGAAGAAGAAAUCCUCAUCAGGUGGCGGCUCCAGCUCUGCCACACCAGUGCUCACCAAGCAGAUCUUCCCCUGGAUGAAGGAGAGCCGGCAGAAUGCAAAGAAGGGCUCCAACUGCUCCACUGCAGGUGGCGAGCUGAGUGAUGAGAAGAGCCCCUCUGGACCUGCAUCCAAACGGGUCAGAACUGCGUACACCAGCGCGCAGCUCGUGGAGCUGGAGAAGGAGUUUCACUUUAACCGCUACCUGUGUCGCCCGCGGAGAGUGGAGAUGGCGAAUCUGUUGAAUCUCACGGAGCGUCAAAUAAAGAUCUGGUUUCAGAACCGGAGGAUGAAAUACAAAAAGGACCAGAAGUCCAAAGGGCUGGCGCACUCUCCCCUGGGACACUCCCCGGACAGAAGCCCGCCGCUCAGCGGCCCCAAUCACAUUGGAUACUCUGGGCAGCUCCAGAACGUGAACAGCCUCAGCUAUGACGCGCCCUCGCCCCCGUCCUUCGCCAAGCCCCAGCAGAACAUGUACGGCUUGGCGGCGUACACGGCGCCCUUGGGCGGUUGCAUCCCGCAACAGAAGAGGUACCCGGGCUCCGAGUACGAACACCACGGCAUGCAGAGCAACGGCUUUGCCAACGCCAAUUUGCAAGGCAGCCCCGUGUACGUGGGUGGGAACUUUGUUGAUUCCAUGCCAGCCUCGGGCCCCAUGUUCAACCUCGGCCAUCUCCCCCACCCGUCAUCCACCAGUGUGGACUACAGCUGUGCCGCUCAGAUCCCGGGGAACCACCACCACGGACCCUGUGAUCCCCAUCCCACGUACACAGACCUCACCUCUCACCAAGCGUCUCAGGGAAGGAUGCAGGAAGCGCCUAAACUCACACAUUUGUAAUAUGUGGUCUCUCUCUGUGUGUAUGCGUGCGUGCGUGUGCGUAUGUGUGUAUGUUCGUGUGUGUGUGUGUGUGUGCCAAAAUUACGUUGCGCUCUUUUUAUUACCUCACUAGUCUAAUAACUGCGCUCCAAACGAGUCGUGUGUAUUAUUACAGUAUUAUUGAUAUUACUAUUAAUGCUAUUGUGUAAUUAUUUUCUAAAUACUACAGCUUUGUCCAUUUCUCUUGAGUAUUUGGAAAUGCGCAGAUGAGGCACACAUGCCUGGUUGUCAGUUGUUAAUCUUUUUUUGUUUUCUCUCAAGUGCAAUGCGCAGAUUUGUUUGACUGAGUAUUUUAUUCUCGCCGUUACUUGAAGGUAAGUCUUGUAGAAUCAUGAAAAGUAGAAGAAGCUCAUCACUAGAGGGAAAGAGACAAAGCGAGAGUGAAAAACUCUUUGGGACAUUUUUCUGUCGGUUUUUUGAAGGAUCUCACUCCUAUUUAUUUAUUUUCUAUUAUGCUGCAUACUCUUUUCAUACUAGUAUAUUAUAGCCUAUUUAUUAUUUAAAUCCUUUUGUAUUGCACAUUAUUUAUCGUUUUAUAUGCGAGUAUUUAUAAGUGUGUGGGGACUUUUUUGGACAUGAUCAGUGCACUUGGAAUUGUUGGUAAAACAGGGUUUGGAGAAAAAAGUGCUUUGACUCGCAGUGUAUUGUUGCAAAAAAAAGAGCAUUUCUAAUUGUAAAUCUGGGAUAAAUGGGACAUUUCUAUAGUGUAUAAAUACCACUAUACAGUAUGUCCAUGGUUAAUCUUGUUGUCAAACCUUAAGCAAAACGUAGACUAUCGAAGUAUCAAAUAUUAUUAUACACACCAGCAUGUCAUUAUUUUUGUGUAGUCAUUGCUAUGUUUGAUUUUCGUCUUCCAUUGUUAUUCCAUUGAGUUGGAUUACCCAUAAAUUUACCUAAUGAUAUCGAAAUGUUAUAUUUUAUCGUGUUUAACAUUUUGUAAAUAAAGUGCUGAAACUUG